AGUGCAGAAAACUAUCUUCCGUCGCGGUACAGUCGGCAAUAUCGCAUCGUAUAAUACGUCCCGGAAGUAUAUAUUACUCUUGAACUUUGCUGCGUAUUUGCUACGCGGUAUCAAUUAUACGCGCGUGUGUGCUUAAAAUAGAUACUAUGGUAUAAUAUAUAGAUAUAUUUAUGAUAUACGAAACUAUAAUAUCAAAAGUACACCUUGGCUUUAUAUAUAUACUGCAGCUGUAGCGAAAGAAAUAAAAACACGUCAUUAUGGAGUGCCCAAAACCUUCGUUUCUCAUCAGAGAUUUGAUCGGAGACGUCUUACAAACUUCAAAAUCAUCUGAUAUGUCCAGCGACGAAGGCACAGCCGACAUGGAUGACCGUACGCUGACAGUUAAUAAUUUUUCCGCAUUACCAUUGUUGGUGCAAAAACACCACCACCACCACCACCACUACCAACAACACCAAGACAUGUUGGCCGGGAAAUCGUGCGGCCGGAAGGUCAGACGCAGGAGAACAGCGUUCACUCACGCUCAACUAGCUUAUCUCGAACGCAAGUUCCGUUCCCAGAAGUAUUUGUCCGUAGCCGAUCGCAGCGACGUGGCUGAAGCGUUGAAUUUGUCAGAAACUCAGGUCAAAACGUGGUACCAAAAUCGAAGAACGAAGUGGAAGCGUCAGAACCAGUUGCGCCUUGAUCAACUGCGCCAACAGUCAGUUGAACCGCAGUCGGACACGUCGGCCGCUGCCGCCGCCGAGUACGGUCAGCACCACAAACAACAGCACAGGCUGCACUCGGCGGAACUGCACCAUAAUCGACAAGAGCACAGAGUGUACGUACCAUCGUCAGCGGUGUCAGCGACCGCGGACUCAGACAUCCAGGCGGCCGCGGAAGCGUCGGCCACCGCACCGCUGACGUCGACGGCAGCAGCGGCCGCGGCUGCGUUCAUCGGCGCGCCGUACCCCGGGGUGGCCAACGGCGCACGAUGGAACUUUCUGACUACGGCUGCGGCCAUCGUGCGGAACGUGUCAUACGUGCACGGGUGUCACAUGUAAAUAACAUUAUAAUAUAGUAAUAACAUAUUAUUGUAAUAUGAUUCAGUUCGCAUCGGCACGGAUUGUAUACAGGGUGGUCGUACGAACGAUAUCAUAAUAUAUACUGUAAGUCUAUAAGCGGACGCUAUAAGUAGUAUUAUAAUUUAUAAGUAAAUAACAGGCACAAUAUAUGUUAUGUGUUAGUUCGGCAAAGCUUUUUGAAAUUACGUUAACAUAAUACAUUUUUACACAUAGGCGUGACCCCGGGAGAAAUCGUGACUGUCCUUAGACCAGUUAGACCAAUUAUUAGGUAGAAGGGACAAAAAACUUAAAGUUUGAAAUCAAUCUUUACAAAUAAUUUUUAAUUGCAUAUUAACAAAAAAUAUAUUAUUACGCAAAAGUUACAUAAAAAUGAGUAAAAUAGAAACUAACAAAAUGUUUAGAAAGCUAUAUAAUGUAUUUAGGUAUGCCUUUUCUCAUCGAAGACAACACUGCAGUGUUAAAUAGUAUCAACACUGCUACAUGUAGCAAAUCUGUGUUGCACUACAUCAUAUAUUAUCGUAAUCUAAAGAACGGACUACUUAUUGAAUAAUUGAUCGUAAAGACAUUUUGGUUCUUGCAGAUCUCACCUUAUGACAAACUCAUAAUUGGUUCAAAACUUAUAAAAAAUAUUUAUCAAGUUCAAAAUUUCUGUAACUGUAUUUUAAGUUUUUAGUUAGGGAUAAGCUAUAAAUAUUUAAAUCAAACAAACCAAGACCUCCUCCUACAACCCCUGUUCGGUAGGGUAUUUACCAUAGACAUAUUAUAUUUCUUAAUAUGUCUAUGGUAUCUACCUAAAUAUAUUAAUUUAUGUCUUUGUGUACAAAAUGUCUACGACACGUCAACAUAUUAUUUUAAUUUUUCAUCUAAGCCCUUUUCCUACAUUUAAUUCGUACAUAGUAGAUCUGCUAAAAAAUUAAAACUAUUUCUAUUAAAACAAAUAACAACAUUUAGGGUACCUACUAGUAAGUAUAUAGAUAUUAGGUACCUACCCAUUAUAAUUAUAACGGACAAUUUCAAAUUGUAAAUUCGUCUUAGAAAAGACUAAGUCCCUCCGCGCUCCCUCCCACAAAUAAUGCUUAUGGCAUCUUCCAACUAAAUACAUUACAAAAAUAUUAACUACAAAGUCGUAAUAGGCUAAGUUUGGUAUGUCUUUAAAAUCAAAAAUAUUCCAUAAAAAACUCAAAAUUUCAAAAUAGGAAUUUCAAAUUUUGUUUAUUUCAUCAACAAUGUUGAAAAUACUAAAUUGUAUUUCUUACUAACUAGAAAUAGAUCAACUAGAAAAAAAAUAUAUCCAUAUCCGUGAACCACAAUUAUAAAUCUAAUAGCUACAGUUAUGAGAUAGGUACCUACAUACUACCUACCUAAUAAAUGUAAAUUGUAAAAGUCAUUACUUACCUUUAUUGACACUAACUUGACUUGUACCUAAAUUAUUAAUUUAUACUUAACUAUG